AGCUGCAGCUACGCCUCACUGUGUUAGCAAUGCAGUAUGACGCUUAUACCCUGCAUCCCCUCUCCUUUCAGUUCCACUCUCUUCUGUUCUUAUCUCUGCUUAUCCCUUUCUCCCUCUUCCUCCCUCCAUCUCUGACCUCCCCUUUACCUCCCCCUUUUCUUCCCCUCUCCCCCUUCCAUUCCUCUCCAUCGUUCCAUUUCGCACCCCCGCCCCUCCCUUCCGCCACCCUUAGCUGCCACUCAGCCGUUGGUACGGAUAGCUAGGCUAGUGUCUAGGAGCUCAAACGUCCAGACACAGAGAGCGCGCCCAUGCAGCGACGGGUUCCAGCUCCGGGCAGGGGUCCCGGGCUGUCGUAAAAAAAGGCUUGCGCUCGGUACAGUAGGAACGGCUCUGCGGAGGUUCGCUGUACAGGACGUGGGAGACGGGGACGGAGGGCUGGUGAAGAACAGAGAGGAGGAUGGCGGCUGUCACAACUUCAAAAAGAGCUUUCAAACGACUCUGACUUCCUGCCAACGCGAUGGCGGGCAUUCCUGCAGUGCACCUGAGCACACUCUGUCUGGCCCUCUUUUGCUCAUCUGUACUGGGACAGGGCAUGGACAACAGCACAUGGACUCCCCCUUCUACAUCGACACCUGAGGCUCACCAAUCAGAGCGUCCCGCUACUGAACCGUACACCACCGUCUCGGCUGCCACGGAAACAAGCGCAGGACCCGACGCAAAUAUCACCAACCCCACGACCCCCCCUGGCCCGACCGCGCUAAUCACACGUGGUAGGACCGACGGACAGCCCCGGGAAACGACGCGCAUCAAGGCCCCCCCGGCAACGAGUAGUCGAGCGCCGCAAAGCCCUACAGUACCGCGCCCCCCCAGUUCCGUCCCCAUCGUCGUCAGCCUGGUGGUGCUGAUAGUCCUGCUCAUCCUCCUCCUGUACCUCCUGUCCCUGUUCCGAAAUCGCCGCUGGGCCAGGGGUGCGUGGGGGUGCCUGGGGCGCGCGGUGGCCAGAGCGAGAGCCGCCCUGAGCUGGCUGGGGAUCCGUCUGUGGCCCGGGAAGAGCGGGGGGCGGGAGGACGAAGAGGAGGAUGAGGAGGAUGAGGGGAACAGCGAGAGAGAGGGGGAUGUGGAGCUUGGGAACGGGAUGGCUGCAGAGGUCGAGAAAGAGAAGAGGGAGGAGGAAGGGGAAGAGGACUCCUCAGACGACUACUCCAGCAUGGAGGGGUUUGACCCGAGGGAGAGAGCCAGGCAGGGCAAGGAGGAAGAUGAGGAGAGAGGGAAGGGCCCGAGUCAGUGUGAGGACAGAGAGGAAGAAGGGAAGAGCGGAGAGGCGGUUCUCCUGGAGAGAAGUAAGGAAGGGGGGAUGGAGGAGUGCGACCUCACAGCACUGUGAAAAACAGAGAGAAUAAGAGUGACAGGGGUGUUGGGGGGGGGGCUAACCAAUGUGAAUUGAGGGGGGGUGCGUUCGCUAUACAAGAUGAUAUGAGGAGGAGAACUGGUAUUUUCCGACACCCAUAUAUCUGGAGCAUUUACAGCUGCAGAUAUUACAAUGUUAAAAUCAAACAAUGAACUGAACAAUUGUAAAAUAUUUGUAUGAUAAACAAUUGGUGCAGUUGAUCACAUUAUAGACUUCCACGUUUCAUAGGAAAUCUCAUGUAUGUAAUGUGUAAUAUGUAUACAUGUGUAAUGGGAAUGCAUUGUCAACCAGCAAAUAAAUUCUAUUCAUGA